AUGAACUUCAAAUUUAUGUCACGUUCAUUUCCACUGUAUGAUUAUUAUUUUUAUAUGCCGAAGCUUUGUCUUGGUUCGAUGGGCUUUUGGCCACUGAACACGUGCCGAAAACAUGCUGUCAAUAUUGGUGCUUGGGUGAACCUCAUCAUUUUGGCCAUUGGCGUUUUCACCGAAAUCCAUGCUGGCUGCACCGUUUUGAAGGCGGACUUGGAAUUGGCGUUGGACACACUUUGCCCGGCAGGCACCUCGGCUGUGACACUACUGAAAAUGGCGUUGAUAUUUUACUAUCACAAGGACUUAGCAUGGGUACUAAAGCGUAUGCAGAGCUUGAUGUAUGAGCCGGAUGUGCAAACAAAUCCCGUUAAGAAGCAUAUUAUACGCGUACACGCCAUUAUGGCAGCACGCCUCAAUUUCAUACCGUUUGUUAUGGGUUUCAUUACUUGCACCUCGUACAAUUUGAAGCCGUUGCUAGUGACUCUAAUACGCUAUUUUCAAGGACAACAGCAGAUGUGGAAAUUGCCCUUCAAUAUGACCAUGCCAGCUUUUCUACUGCGGUCACCGUACUUUCCUUUCACUUAUUUGUUCACCGCCUAUACAGGCUAUAUUACAAUUUUCAUGUACGGCGGCUGCGAUGCGUUUUACUUUGAAUUUUGCUCCAAUACUGCAGCGCUGCUUAAACUACUGCAGGAAGAUUUGAAAUUCAUUAUCGGCUUUGGAGAAGACAAACUUAGCUUAACAGCAGAGGAGAUCACACUAAUGGAAAGGCGUUUGGUGCACUUCAUAAAACGUCACAAUGGCAUUAUCGAACUGACACGUUACUUCGGCAAACGUUACACCGUCAUCACAUUGGCACACUUUGUUUCGGCUGGUCUAGUGAUUGGCGCAAGCAUUUUUGAUCUCAUGACGUUUUCCGGUUUCGGCAUUGUCAUCUACAUUGGCUACACAAUUGCCGUUUUGGGCCAGCUUUUCAUUUACUGCUAUGGUGGCAGCAUGGUGUCAGAGAGUAGUGUGGAGCUGGCCACAGUAGCAUUUGGCUGCGAUUGGUAUGCCUGUAAUCCGAAAUUGCGUCGCUACCUACUGAUGAUCAUUAUCCGCUCGCAGCGUGCCAUCAGUAUGUCAGUGCCGUUCUUUUCACCCUCGCUAGUCACAUUUACUUCGAUACUACAAACAUCCGGUUCGAUAAUAGCUUUGGCCUCCUCAUUCAAAUAACUUUUUUAGCAACAGCAAAAACUUAGUGCCUCAUUAAAACUAAUAAAUGCA